CUGCCCCUUUAAGGCGGGACGAGCCGGGCAGGCGCACGUGAGGGGAGAGUUGCAACACAGGAGCAAAGAUGCUGCGGGGAAGUUGGCUGCUGCUCCCCGGCCUGUGGCUGCUGGGGGGCGUCUCCUGCCUGCUGGGGGCCGCGGGGGGCUAUCGCAGGAAGGUGACCCUGCAGGCUGUCCCCGGCUCGAACAGCUCCUCCGCCAACCUCCUGCACGUGCGGGCCGUGGGCCGGAACGACACCCUGCACUACGUGUGGAGCAGCAUCGGGGCACCCACCGUGCUGCUGCUCUACACCCGGAGCGAGAGCAGCGCCCUGCGCGUCAACUGGACCAAGCUCCUCUCGGCCUCCCCCGCCGGGGCCAUCUGGAUCGAGCCACCCGGCAGCGUCGUCUACUCCACCGCUGUUGUCUUCACCAAGGUGUUCGAGUACAACGGGGCCAACGCGUCGGCCCUCUCCAAGGGGCAGGAGGAGCCGUUCUACCCCCCCUACGACCUGGCUGGCUUCUCCUGGCAGAGCGUGAACCGCACCGUGAACCAGACGGCCCUCACGGCCAGGUUCCAGGGGGUGGACCCCGGGAGGGCCUUUGGCAAUGGCACCAUCUCCUUUCAGGUGACAGCCUACGAGCAGGGUGGCCGGGACGGCCCCCUCCCUCGCCUCCUGCACACCGCCAACAGCUCCAAGGUGGAGUUCAUCAUGGACAAGGUGGCCCCGCACGGCAACAGGUCUCGCUUCAUGCUGGAGGUGGUGACGGUGGAGGAGAAAGGCGGGCGCAAGAGGCUUCAAUCUGUGCGGUCCAUUGAUGAUGAGUACACGCCCACCAUCUUUGAGAUGGCCCAGCUGGUGUCCGAGUCCCGCAACAACAGCAUCGGCCCAAGCUUCUUCCAGUGGAAGACGACGGCAUACGGCUCCAGGGAGGCCAGCCGGGAGAACGCCAUCCGCUGCCGCUACCGCCCCCUGCAGACAGCCAACCGGACGCUGCCAGGGCCCAGCAUCGCGCAUGCCUACUUCGGGGAGGACCUGGGCCGCAGCCACCACAUCGCCGCCAUCAAUAUCUCCUUCGGCGGCGAGGAUGGGGAGGUCUACGCCGAGAAGGGCUACCUGAGCUGGUCUGCCUUGCUCGGCUUCGGCACGCCCCCGAAAGACGCCUUCUCUCCCCUCGUGAUGGCCAUCGUGGCCGUGGCCCUGGGCACCCCUGUGGUGCUGCUGCUGGCGGGAGGCCUUGUGGUGCUGUUCGCACGGAGGAAGCGCCAUUCCCAGUACGAGCCCAUCAACUGACUGAUGUGGGCAGGACUUAGAAACAGCUAGCGCCGGCCACGGUUCUCUCACCGGACCCUCGGGCUCCUGAAGUGGCUGCUCCUGGGAACUUAUUUAUUAACAGCCACGGUUGCGCGUCCUCUUCUCUAUCUCAACAGUCCUGACCCCUCGUCACUCCCGGCUCAGAGGGGAAUAGUGCAAUGAUCUGCAGUGCUACCUCUGCACCCUGGAUCCUGGCUCUUCAGCACUCGGCUGGGGGAGGUGGGAAGGAGACCCGCCCUGUAUUCAUAGCUGCUCAGCUGUCUGAUGCCUCGAGGAUGGACUGAUCCAUUUCUCCCUUACUGCUUCUAAAAGACUUGUAGGGGGUAUCUGGCACAGAGGGUCUCCUCGGGGGCUCUAGAAUCAUUCCAGGGCAGGGCUGGGAUCCGGCAGGGCCUGCCUCAGAAAUGCCUCACUUAAGGGGUCAGAAGUAUUAGCAGUUUCUAGGCCAGUGUCUAGCUUCUCCCUUCACUCCACCCAUCCGCGCACCUGACCCGGCGUUCACAAAUACAGAACCUUCCCAUAGCGCACUUUGCAAGGUGCUACCCAGCUUCUGGUUUUAAUCGCUGCUCUUGUUUUAAACCAGCCAGCGAGGGAUUGUGGCUUGACGGGGGGGGGGUUGGUCGUGUUCACCACUGGGAGAAAUGAUCUUCUGUCUCUUUUAAAAAGGAGAAACCACUAGUCGUCUUCUCCCUCGGAGGCUGGGUCACAGAAGGCAACGUGCCUUUGCUGUAUAAAUCGCCAGCUUGUGAGCAGAUCAACCUAGUUACACCCCGCACGUGCCACCCACUUGAGUGUUUUGUAACGUCACCAGUUCCUUGGCGGGAGAAGAUGGUGUCACACGGUUCUAACACUCUGCCUCACUGGUGAGCGGGCAGCAAUCUGCUGCCCGUGAAUUCUAACUGUACCUGGGACGGCUAAAAAGUUGCCUUUCGCCAAUAGGGCGGAGGCUUUUCAGCAUGAACUAAUGACGUUGGGAUGCGUCAAUGUUAAGUGUCCAGCAUGAGUCCCCUUAAAAAUGGCCAGAUCUUUUUCUUUUGUCAGAGGGUCGGGGCUUGGCCCUGCCCGCAAAACGGGGCCUCUUUUAAGGUCCCUCAGGUUGGGUGCCCAAAAAAUCACCAGUCCCUUUUUGAAAAUCUUGGCCUGAAAGCUCUGAAUUCGGAGUGUCAAGCACUCCCCUCAGCUGGCAAGUUCCAGGUCCCAUUGCUGUUACGCCCCUGUUCUCACUCUGCUGAGUUUGCUCGGAGGAGCCAGCUCUGAAAGUGUUACUUGAAAUCUCACCAAACACCCUCCCUCUGCGGUAUGUAAUUCACUCGGUGUUUUGAGAGGUGAUGACAGGUUUUCUUCAGAUGCUUCUAUCUUUUGUUCUGCCUUUUGGACCAAUUAAAGAACAUUUUUUUAAGACCUCUCUCCCUUUUGGUAGCUUUGUACAUACGUAGGGCCAGGCUGGUGGUAAAUGUAUGUUCGAGUGGUGCCUGGCGCCCCAGGCUGGCUGCUGUGUGAACAAAGUAGACCAUCCCUGCCCCACGGAUUGAAAUAAAUUUUCAUGUGUCCUGCUCAGCCGGGACAGACCAUUGUGGGCAGCAAGACCCAGUGGUCAAAGGGGGCAUUCCAGCUUCAUUGCAGGAACAUCCACCAGGGAUAUGGUGGAGAUUAGUACAAAUUAUUGAAAGGGAGUAAGUCUUUGCUGAUUUCACUAUUGGCUGGGAAACAAAUCCUAGUUUCUUUUCUCUAGUGCUGAUUGGGUCCCAGCUCUCUGGUAGCUUGUUUUAAUUUUUUUUCCAACUAGUUUUACAAUCGAGGGCUUCUGGCUCUUGAGUGGGUCACAGUAAAAAGCCAAUCCUGUAAGAUCUCCCAGGUGAACCUGGCUUGGCUGGUGCCUACAUGGCAGACCCGUAGAGGGAUUGGUGUGGUGGUCUGAUGCAGUGUCCCAGCUGGGGGCUAGGUGGGAUUGUGUUGCUGGAGGGGUAGCUGCUCGGGGGAGAGAUGAAGUGAAUUGCCCAAGGCCAUUUUGGGUACAAGGGAAGCGGUUUAAAGUUAGUGGCCCAGCCAAAUUCCAAAUCUCUGGAAUUUACCUUUCUCCCCCCAGUCUCAGUUGGCAGCGGAUGUUGCUCCCCAUUCUGGAUGACUCUUUACUGUUGCUCUGCUACAGUGUUCAGCCCCAGAACUGGUUGCAUUUCCCCAGGGGAAGAAAUAAUUCCUAUAUGUCACACCAAUAUGUUUGUGAACCAUUUUUAAUGGUUACC